UUUGUUUACAUUUUUACCUCCAAUUCUGCGCGCGCAUCGGGCAUUACGUAAUCACUUGGAUGCGUGCGCAGGUAAAUAUCGGGACUGUGACUCCAUGUAUAGGAAUGAUAUCUCACGCGGUUGUUGAGAGAUUGGUGUGCUUGCACGGUUUUUGCCGCUCAAGUAAGAACUUUACACUUGCAGGGCAUUUAUUGAUAAAAGUAUCAAUUGACUGUGAAAAGCUUUCCUUCCUGUUAGUGUGUGUGUGAGUUCCAAAUUUUUAAACAUGCGAAAGAAGUCCUGUGAGCGGUGUGUUUUUAGCAAGUUUGGGGACAGUGGCCUUGGUCGUUAAUUUGCCAGCCAAAUGUAAACAACGAUAAUGGCACCAAGAGCUGCGUAAGCACGUGUAUAACAUUUAAUCUGAACAGUGUUCUCUUCGUGAGUUCAAACAUUUUAAUGUAAGCAAUGUGUUGUUUGUAUAUGUCUAGUUGCUAGUAUAAAGGAUUGGAGAAUCAUUCUGUUUUGGAUUAUUUCUAUUGGUAUUGGCCUGAUGAUGACUAAAUGAAAUUCCAAAAAGUAUUUCAGUGAUGGCCUAUCAGAAUUUUGUAAAACAAAUGUUUACCAUUAUGGAUUAUAUUGUUUAAAUGAAUUAAACAUGCAAGUAGGAAAAAGAUAUCCAUAUGAAAUAUCACAAGAAGAAGCAUGGUGUUAAGAAUGGGAUGUAUUAGGGCAGUUUAACUUGAAUCAUGAUGUGGAUGACAUUCUUUAAUGAUUAGCCAUGAAGUCUGGAGGAGUUGUUGUGAGUUGUUUAAUUAUUGUUGGAAUUUUUGGCACUCCGUCAACUGCUGAAUAUUUUACGUCCACCAGUCAUCUGAAAAUGUUAUUGAAAAGCGAACAGCAACUAGCCUACAAACUCAAAGAUUUUAUCUCGUUCGAAGAAAGGAGAAUUAACAAACUUCGAAAGUUUUACGAGAAAAUAGAAUUUCUUGAAAAACUCACGUCUACGAGAGAUAUCAAUUCAUAUGUUGGUCAUCCUGUUCAAGCUUUUCUCACUUUGCGAAGAAUGGUGAAAGAUUGGCCUGCUCUUUUGGAACGUACAACUUCUAACAAGGAGAAAAACUUUCAAAGUCUCAUAGAAGAAAACAACUAUAUGUUUCCUACUAGUGAAGACAUGGAGGGAGCGAAGGAUGCGCUGUUACGAUUGCAAGAAACGUUUUCUUUAUCCGCUCAUGAGAUCGUUGAAGGAAUUUCAAAAGAUGUUCCCAUUGCAAAACUUGGUGCAGAAGAUGCUUUCGAUAUUGGUAGAAAAACAUACUUGCAGAGUAAGCAUGACGUCACUACUGGAUGGAUGAGAGAAGCGCUGAGACUGCUUGAAGUAAAUAGAGGUGUGAAUGAUGGAGCGCCAACAAGAUACGAAGUGCUAGAUCAUUUAGCGUGGUCGGAAUAUGUGUCAAACGACGUGAAAUCCGCAUUUAAACAUGCACAAGAACUGCUAAAAUUAGAUCCUGAAAACGAACGCUUUAAGAGCAACGUGAGAGCGUUUUGGAAAGAGAUGAACGAAACUGUGAACAGUAACGAAGAAGAAAAUGUCUCGAACCAAACAAGGAAAGCGAAAAAGCAAAGAAAACGAAAAUAUCCCCGUUUUUAUUACACAUCUGACGAAGAUGAACAUGUGCGAUAUUUUAUGGAGAAGAAAAGGAGCCACGAGCUGUGUCGUGGAGAGACGGAACCUAUUCCAAAGCGUCACACGAGCCAACUUGUAUGUUGGUACAAAACUGGUCAUCCCUUGUUAGUGUUGAAACCAGCCAAAGUUGAACGAGUGUUCCCAAAACCGGAGAUUCUACUUUUUAGAGAUGCUAUAUCGGACAAUGAGAUAGAGAAGGUUAAAAUACUGGCGCAUCCUUUGUUGCAACGCGCUACUGUGCACAAUCCGGUGACCGGAAAAUUAGAGUUUGCUCAUUACCGAACUAGCAAAAGCGCUUGGCUUGAUGAAAGUCAUGACGAGUUAGUGGAGGUGAUGAAUCGAAGAAUAGACGCAUACACUGGACUUAAUAUGGAAACUGCAGAAAAAUUGCAAGUUGCUAACUAUGGUAUGGGUGGCCAUUAUGAAACUCAUUUCGACUUUGCAAGGACUGUGCCGUUGCACCCUCCUCCCUGGAAAAAUCGGAGUGAUUACACGAUGCGAACAAAAGCAAAAGAGCGUGAAAUGUUGAAAGAAAAUGGUAACCGAAUAGCAACAGUAUUGUUUUAUAUGAGUGACGUCGAACGUGGCGGUGCUACAGUGUUCACGAAUAUAGGUCAAGCAGUGAAGCCUAGUAAGGGUGACGCGGUGUUUUGGUUCAACUUGCAUCACGAUGGCACUGGCGAUUAUGACACUCGUCAUGCGGCUUGUCCGGUAUUACUUGGCGAGAAAUGGGUGAGUAAUCGUUGGAUCCACGAACAUGGUCAAGAGUUCAGAAGGCCGUGUAAAUUGAACUUAGACGACAAUAAUUGAAUUCAUCAAUAGACAAAACCGCAAAAAUAUAAACCUC